UCAAACCCAACUGCUAUUCCUGAAGAUGAUGCUGGAGUAGAUGAAAGGACCAGCUGCGGCGGCGGUAACGAUGGCAAUCAGUCAGAUUGCAGCACCGUUUGCAGUACGGCAGAGGCGUCCGCAGAUACGACCUCCGCCGAAGUGAGCCUAGACAACUCAACUGUUGAAGGCGCUGAAGCAACGACUGAAGCUGCAGGUAGUACUGAAGUAGCAACGUCGUCAACGUCGAGCAGAAGCAUAGAGGAACAAGUGAGUCAGCAGUUUAGAGUUUACCUCAAGAACACAAAGAACUGUCCAACAGAACCGUCAUUUGGUCCCUCCAGUUCUUCUAGAAACGCGACGAAAGUUCCAACAGCGUCCUCGUCGACGUUCGGGACGAGCGGUGCAACGGCAUCUUCUGGAGGUUCCGCAUUAGGGACGAGAGGACGUAUUCUGGCAAAGCCCGGUGCCCCCUCACUGAAACGCAGGAGCCCAGCGGGUAGUGAAGAUCGUCUUGCGAAGGUACCUGCGCCGUCAACGCCGUUGACCUGGGCACAGCGAGUUGCGGCCAGCACGGUAACGAAUGGUAGUUGUGUUGUGAGUGGUGCAACUGCAAGUGCAACCACGAGUUCUCAUCUGGAGGCAUCGUCAAGCAGCACUUGUUCGAAUGACCAUGUCACGUCAGACGGACAAGCCACACUAGGGUCGUAUCAACCGCAGAACGUGAAUAACCUUGGAGGUCCUCGUGGUAGAAAAUUUUCGUUUUCUAGUAUGGCAGGUGGCGGCGCUUCCACUAUCUCAUCCUCAUCGAAUGCGAAUACAGCGGCCAGCACCACCAUGAAACAGGGAACAAAUAGAUUUCCCCCUGUGCGACGAGCGACGCUGAGGCUUCCGUCAUUCCCCAACGCGACUGAGCUGGAUUCUGUCUUGUGGAAAGCGCUUGAGAAUGCACGUUUGAAUUCUCUGAAGGGUUUGUCGACAAACUCUGCUGGAACACACGGGAAUGGGAACAUCAACACGGAAAUUGGAGUACCAGCAAGAACUGCCAAUGGGACGAACAACACGAACAACACUGUGGUCAAUGGGACGAUGAACAACAACAAGCGGAUUAAGUUUGCAUCGCAUGCUCAUGUGCGGUUUCAUGAUGACGAGUGGGCGCCGGACAAAUACGUGAUGGAGACCGGAGUAAACUCGAAGGACUUCGACGGGCAAUCCCAGCAUCGUUCGUUGCACUUCUCAGUGCCGAAACGCGUGUUGGAUACUCGUGCUCUUUUCCAGCUUGCUAUAAGCAUGAGUGUGCAGCGGAAAGGGGGAUGA